AUGCAGUCCACCCCGCACCGGGUGACGUCGAGGCGCCACCGCGCGACUCCCACCGACUCGGCUCACGGCACGAUGGCCGCCGUCACCUGCGUCGCGGCGUCGAUCACCGCGAGUCUAUCGAAACGCCGUCGCGUCCGCGUCCCCGAGGCCCUCGCGACGCUCCAGCCCCGCGCCGCGCUCGACGCGUCGCCCGCGACGCUCCGGGGAUCAUCGGAUAUCCGCUUCUCGUCGUCCCGUGGCGUGCGCACCCGCGCCGCCGCGCCCGACGUUUCCGCGAUCGCGCAGAUCGCCCUCCGCGACGACUACGAUCCCGUCGUCUUCCUUUUCUGCCUCAACGCCCUCUUCCUCUCCGUCGUCAUCAACGUCGUCAACUACGGCAUGGACAAGGACGAGGAGACCGGGAUGCUCAAGAUGCCCGAGGGCGGCGUCGGCGCCAUCCUGGCAAAGACCAAGCGCGGGAUGGCCGAUUACUUCAUGGCGGUGCCCAAGCAGUUCAAGGAGAUGUACGCGGGUAAGGACGAGGCGCUGGAACGCGCCAUCGAGGAGCUGGAGGAUGCCAAGAUGGCGGCGUACGCGGCCAGGGGGACGGCCAACGCCGAGUCCACGGCGAAGGCGUUCAUGGAUGCGAGACGAAGGGCGGUGGACGCGGGGCUGUCCCCUGGCUCCGAGCUCCUCAACCCCGGCCUGCCCUCCAACACCGAGUGA